AUGGAUGUGCUAACCUCAGUAGAUCCAACAUCCUCUCAGCCGUCCUCAGCGGACCCAUUCCACCCGUCCUUCUUCGAGCUAGCGGCGCAGUCGCAGCUGCAAGAGCUCAUCAAGCCGGCCGUCCGCUAUGUGCUCGCCGUCCUCGCGCAACGCAACCCGCGCUACCUGCUACGCGUAGUGAACUCGUUUGACGAGGUAUACGCCUUAUUCAUGGCCGGGAUCGAGACGCACUACCUGCGGGUAUGGGGCAGCUCGUUCGCGGAGAACUUCUACGGCUUGCGGCGGCGAAAGCGGCCCGGCCUGAGCCGAUCCGCGGGCGCAGCGACGUCGUUGAGCAUGGCGCGCAGCGAGAGGCUCGGCAAGAAGGAGAUCCGGCUAAGUCUGCUUUUCUUGGUAGCCCUGCCGUAUGUGGGGGCGAAGCUCGAGGAUGUGUGGGAGAGGAACGGUGGCGGGCUGACCAACAGCGCGAAUCUGUUUGACGAGGAUCCUUCGGCGGGGGCAGGGGCAGGGAGGUUUAGCGACGACUCGGCAUCGGUGUCGAUCCAGCAAAAAGCGAGGCGGUGGGCGAUGGAGGCGUUUAAGACGAGCUAUCCGUACUUGAAGACGUUGUACCAGCUGUGGUUGCUGACAUACAAUGUGCGGUACCUGUUCGACAAGACUCCGUACUGGCGGCCGUGGUUCAGUGCUAUGCGCAUCGACGUGCGGCGCGUGGGGCCGAACGACGGACCGCGCAAGCCACUUCUACCGAGGAAAAUGCCGAGCCUGGUGCGCCAACCAGCAAAGUUCCUCGCGGUGGUGCUGAGGCUCGCACCGGGGAUGGUGUUCGAAGGGCUCAAGUACGGUCUGCCAGCGAGCAUCUUCUUCUUCAAAUUCUUGGAAUGGUGGUAUGGCGCCGACAAUCCGCGUCGUCGUCGCUCCAACCCGUCCUCCUCGUCCAACGCCUCUGCCUCUCAAGAAGAAUCCUCUGCCACCCUCGACCCCCCCGCCCCGCUCCUCCCCGACUUUUCCAACGGCCUCUUCUCGCCCUCCAUCCCCCCAGCCCUCGCCACCACACUCCCGCACUACAAGCUCCCGCACAUCUUCGCCCUCUCCAGCACACUCCUCCACAAGCUCACCGACGACUCAGCCCAAGCCCCAGACGUCAAACCCACUCUCUUCGCGGACAAAAACGGCCCGAGGAAACUGAUCCACAACUCGUGUCCGCUGUGCGGCGCACUGCCGAUCAACAACCCCGCCGUGCUCCCGAGCGGGUACGUCUUCUGCUACACGUGCGCGUUCGAGUACGUCGAGCAGCACGCCAAGUGUCCUGUCACCUCAAUCAGCGUGCCGGAACGCAAAGAUGCGCUGAGGAAGGUGUUGGGGUAG